UAUAAGGUAUUGUGCAUUAAAAGAAAAUAUUCUGAUGACAUGUUAUUCCCUUUUGCCUUUUGUAUUUGGGAACAGACAAAGCUACUCAAAGUUGUCGACAUUGAGAAGCAACUUAGCAGAUGUGCCAAUAUUAGCUCUAAGUGCUACUGCAGUUCCUAAGGUUGAGACGGAUAUAGUGGAGUCUUUGCAAAUGCGAAAUCCUUUGAUACUGAGAACUUCUGUUAAUCGUCCUCAUAUAUACUAUGAAGUUAGAUACAAAGAUCGAUUGGAAGAUAGGUUUACUGAUGUAUAUGAUACACUCUUUUCUAUGGGAGAAGUGUGCGCAAUAAUUUAUUGCCCCACACAGUCAAUGUGUGACAACUUGACAGCUUAUCUAUCACACAGAGGCAUUUCUUGUGCUGCUUAUCAUGCAGGAAUGAACAGUGAAGAUCGGACUUCUGUGCUACAUAAUUGGAUUUCUUCCAUACCAUAUUGCUCCACGGCAAGGAGCCACUUGGAUUUUACGUAAAUAUGGAGAUACAGCUGCAAGUAUUGAAUAUUGCAAUACUUCGGUUGGUGAAAGGAAUGAAUGAUUCCGUAUACUUCUUAUUAUCUGAUGGGGAAAGUGUUCGCUAUGCCUUUUUAUGCCCCACACUCUCAAUAGAGUACGUCAAAUUGGGUAUAAAACUCGGAUCUUUGAUCAGAUUAAAACGGUAUUGUUUCAGGACAGAAAAUGGGAAUGAGUGAGU